AUGAGCAAAGCACAGGAUAUCCAAUCAAAACAUGAGAUGUCUAAGUGGACCGAAUUGCACUAUAAGAGUGAAGUAGGCUUGAAUCUGGCCACCUUUGUUGCCUUCGUGUAUACGGACCUAAGCUCUGCAAGGAUUGAUCAUGGUCGCAGGGCGGUGCUCCGAGGACCUAUUCGCACAAAUCUACAAUCACAGCUCCAAGAAAAUCUCCCAACAGCCUCCGGUGGAACCAACCUUUCCACUUGCCUCUUCAAACAAAAUGAAAGAAUGAGUUUUAGCUUUGAUCAUGUCUAUCCAAUAAUGGACGUAAGCUCAGCUUGUUUUCAACCGAAACGAGGGGGUAUGUCUCGUCAACUGCAGCAACCUGAAUAUCGUAUUAAAGCUAAACUCUACAGUACAGCGGAAUUCAGCCGUCGUCUUCUGAAAGAUGCACAUGCUUUCUACACUCCUACUACUGGCGGCGAUAAUAUUCUCAUCUACAACAUUCCACCGCCGGCAAGAAUACGGACAGUAGACAUACUGUAA